AUGAAUUCAUCAUUGCGCGAUGUCAAGUCUAUUGAGUUAUGGAUAGCAACCCGUAGCUCGUCGGAAGAGCCCUUCAUUGAGUCACUGUCUUCAUACUAUACUUCCGGCAUCGGCGAACUCACUGAUCUUUACAUCAUUCUUCCAUACCAACUCGAAGAGCCAGAGAACUCAGUCAAGGCCAUAGAAUCACUGCUCAAGGUCUGCCCUAAGCUCGAGGAUCUCCAGCUGGAUCUCUCUCGACAUGGCUUCGUUGCCAAAGAAUGCAUCUUGGCACAUUGCCAGACGCUCGAAUGUCUCAUGCUUGGUACUGGAAAAUCGAAGAUCUGCAGCCAUUUCACUGUCACAGAGAUGACGGCUGUACUACGGGCUUGUAUUCAUCUGAAGUAUCUGGCGGUCAAUAUGCCAGCCUGCGAUCUAGGUACUAUCACAGAACUUGGAACUGGAUUUCACCCAAAAGAAGAAUUCGCGGAUAUGCUGGCCGUGGUCUCCACACACCCCGUAUUGAACGCGUUCCGCAUCCUCAAUCUCCCGACGGUCAACUUUGGCGACGUUUACGAAACCGAAUCAGUACCUAUGAAUGAACAAGUCUACUCUUGCCAAGCCCUCAUGCAAGACUAUGCCAACAAGAUCCUCAGAUUCAUGGCCGGCCGAGGAUCUAAGCUACGAGUCCUCAUCAUCAAGCCUAGCUCCGAGGUCCUUAAUGCUGAUGGGGAUCCUUAUGACGUCGACCUUAAUGGCCACCAAUGGCCCGAAUAUCAUUACGCUCGAGGUCAUUUGGAGGAUUUCACGGGCAUGAAAGGUGUGGUUGCGCAUCCCUUGAGGGACGCUCUACUGGACUUUCCUGAUUUGGGCCCGUUGCUUAAUUAG